CGGGUCGCGAGUGUCACUGGCGACGGCGGCGCACCUCUGUCGUGCAGUCCUGGCGCCGCACCCCCGGCUGCAGGCGGUGCUGCGCGGCCGGCUGACACACCUGCUGGUGUUCUCCAGCUGGUCUGCUGGCGUGGAGGCGCGGGGGCUGCUGAGUCGCCGGUUCGAGCCGCACCAGUCGCUGCCGGCUCGUGCGGCGGUAUGCGCCUGGCUCGAGCAGCUAGACAGUUCCCAGCAUGGCCCCUUCCUGGAGGGUCUCAUGCGCUCGCUGCUGCGGGUGGCGUGCGGCUGCCGACCAGGCGCCUUGCCGCCGGGGAUGGCGGAAGAGAUGGAGGCGACGGCGACUCCCUCCGAGGCAGCCGCACCGCAACGGCGGCGGCGCGGCGGCGGUGGUGGUGGUGGUGUAAAGCCCGGCGGCGGAGGCGUGGGAGGGGUUGAGGGCUUGGGCGGAGGAGCAGCGGAGGCGGCGGAGGCGGCUGUGGACUACUCGUUCCUGCUUGCCCGGGAGGCGAGUCAGAGCAGCGCACUGAAUGCGAUGAAGGUGGCUCUGUGGCAGACGGUGUGUCUGCUGGCCAGAAGGCUGCCCGAGGGGGCGGCAGGCUCCUCCGCCUCCUCCGUGUGGUGGGUGCUGCAGCAGCCGCACGCGCACCCCAACGUGCGGCCGCUCAUGCAGCAGGCGCUCUUAGCUCUGCUGGACCGCUGGCCGGCGGGGGUGGGGGAGCUGCUGCUGCCUGAGCUGAGGAGGUACGACACGGCCAGCUACCAGGUUUGCGUGUCGCUGGUGCUGAUCGGCUGCCUGCUGCUGCGGCGCCAGGCGGCAUCGCGACCCAUGGGUCAGCACUGCGGCCCGCUGCUGCAGGCGCUGUUUCCCUGGGCCCUGCACCACCGCCACGCCGUGCGAAUUCCCGUACAGGCCGUCCUGUACGCUGUCCUCUCGCAACUCAGCACCCAGCCGGAUAGUCAGCCGCAACAGCCACCGCCUCCUCCCUCCUCCUCCUCAACCCAGCCCACGGCCUUGUUCGGUCUAAGCGGCCCUAGCAGCCGCCCGUCCCUACUAGAACAGGGACAGGAGCAGGGACAGGAGCAGGGACAGGAGCAGGGACAGGAGCAGGGCCAAGGGCCGCUGCAGCUGUCCCUGGAGGGUGUGCGGCGCUUCCUGGGCAGCAACCCGGAGACGGCGGCACUGCGCAGUCGCACAGCGCUGGCGGACUUUGCGGGGUUCGAUCUGGAGUGGGAGUGCUCGCUGGGGGGCCUGUUUGGGAUCCGCGAGGAGGUGCUGUCGGCGGCUGCGGCGGCCGGGGAGGCGCUGGAGGUGGACCCCGGGUACCCAGCCCCCUGGGCGCUACACACGCGGGACCGGCUGCCCAUCGACGUGCUGCGGGCCCUGCCGGC